AUGUCUGCAGUUCCAUUGGAUUUCACGGUUGCCAAGAUAGUUUCCCUCCUUGAAAAUGAGGCAUCCCUGGUGGGAGGAAUUCAUGCCGAGCUUUCCGAAAUCAAGAAUGAGCUGGUAAGCAUGAAGGCCUUCUUAACAGAUGCUGAUAAAAAAGGACUGAAACUGGAAGUAGAGAAAGCUUGGGUGGAAAACGUCAGGGUCAUAGCCUACAACGUAGAAGACAUCAUUGAAGAAUUUAUGUAUCUCUUGAACGGGUCGAAAAUGAGAGGCAAAUUCACAAGGUUUCUCCAUCAUACCAUUUUCCUGCCGAUGAAUCUGUGGGUAAGGCGUCAAAUUGCAAUGAAGCUGCAGAAUGUCAAUAAUGUGAUCAAAACCAUUCCAGAAAAACGUCAAAGAUAUGGGAUUGGGGUCAAUCCCAUAAUGGAUACGGCUCAUGUUGAUCCCAAGCGUCUGAACAACCGUGAGCUACGAAGGACUGUUAUUUCGGUGGUGGGGAUGGGUGGUUCGGGGAAGAUAACUUUAGUUGCCAAAGCCUUCAGCAGCCCAACUGUGAAGCAACAUUUUGAUUGCUAUGCCUGGAUCUCUGUGUCCACUGGUUAUGUAAUUGAGGAUUUACUUAAAAACUUGAUUGAAGAAUUCUACCAAACCAAGAAGGAAUUGAUACCAAUGGACUUGAACACCAUGAGCUACAGACAGCUAGUAGAGAUACUAGUGAAUUACUUAAAGGGCAAAAGGUAUAUAGUUGUUUUGGAUGAUGUCUGGACCAUUCAUCUCUGGUUUGAAAUCAAAGGAGCACUUCCAGAUGGCAGGCAUGGCAGUCGGGUUUUGCUUACAACUCGAAAAGAAGACAUUGCUUCCUUUUCUUUUGGAGUUAGAGGUCAUGUACAUCGUAUCCCUCCACUAGGAAGGAAUGAAGGAUGGGACCUGUUUUGCCUGAAAGCUUUCUCAGGUAAGCUAGAUAAUUGCUGUCCUUCGGAGCUGGAAAUUAUUGCCAGAGACAUUGUCGAAAAAUGUGCAGGUCUACCUCUUGCAAUUGUGGCUUUGGGCGGUCUUAUGUCCACUAAAAAAUUGGAGUCAGAGUGGAGGAGAGUUAGUAAUAGCUUAAACUGGGAACUAUGCAACAAUCCAAUGCUGGAAGUAGUGAAGAGCAUCUUGUUGCUUUGUUUCAAUGAUUUGCCUUACAGACUCAAGCAUUGUUUCUUGUACUGUUGUAUUUUCCUGGAAGGUAAGCUGAUCCGCCGGAAAAAGAUAAUUAGACUUUGGAUGGCAGAGGAAUUUGUGGAAGAGAUUAAAGGAUUAACACCUGAAGAGGUGGGUGAGGGCUAUCUUAUGGAAUUAAUUUCCCGCAGCAUGCUCGAAGUCACAGAGAAGAACCCAUCUGGUCGGCCAAAAACAUUUAAAAUGCAUGAUCUUAUGCGAGAACUUGCUCUUUCAAUUUCAGACACACAGAAUUUUUUUGUUUCCUAUGAUGGACGAAGAUCAAAAGAAGAGACCUGGGCACGCCGCCUGUCAAUGCAAACAAUUGAUGAUAGAAUCAAGGCAUACCCAAUAAGCUUGUCAUGCCUUCGUUCUCUCUUUGUGUUCCUUACUGAUACAGUCUCUUCUUUCUCCUUGCAAUCAAUGUUUUCAAGCUUCAGACUUCUAAGGGUCUUAGAUAUGGAAUAUGUCCCUAUUCAGAAAUUGCCAGAUGAGCUUGGCAAUUUAUUCAAUUUAAGGUUCUUGAGCUUGAAAGGCACUAGAGUGGAAAACCUGCCAAGUUCUGUGGGAAGACUUUACAACCUACAGACUUUGAACCUUUACCUGACAAAGGUGAAGGUGCUUCCCAGUGGGAUUGGAAAGCUGCAAAUUUUACGGUAUUUGAUUGCCUGCCAUUACAAUCUUCAACUAGUCGAUGAUUUCAAUUAUGUCACAGGGAUGCAGGCACCAUCAAGUGUCACGAAGUUAAAGGACUUGCAGGUUUUACAUUAUGCAGAGGCCAGUGAUGAUAUAGUGAGACAUGUCCACAAUCUGACCCAACUCACUUGCCUUGGUAUGACAAAGGUGAGAGGGGUGCAUGAGAUAGAGUUAUGCAGGUCAAUCCAAAAAUUGAAUCGUCUCCGCCACUUGUCUCUGAUGGUAAGGAAACAGGAGGAAGUCCUGAAACUGAAUGCAUUAUCAAAACCUCCUCCUCUUCUCCGGAGACUCAAUCUGAUUGGAAAAUUGGAGAGAGUUCCAUCUUGGUUUGGGUCACUGGAUAGCCUUACAGCCUUGUACAUAAGCUGGUCAAGACUCGAAGAAGAUCCAGUCCCUCACAUCCUAGAAUUACCCAAUUUGCGAAGGCUUACCCUUGUCAAUGCAUACGCAGGGAAGCAAUUAUGCUUUCGUUCUGGCUUCUACAAGCUCAAGACUUUAACAUUACGAAAUUUUCGUGGGUUGAAUGAGAUUAUAAUUGAAAGGGGGGCAAUGCCAGAUAUUGAGAGCCUUUGGAUCAGCAAAUGCAUGGAGUUAAUAAUCCUGCCUCGAGGCAUUGAACACCUUACUAGUCUCCAAAAUAUGAAUUUGGUAGAUGUUUCAGAGAAUGCAAUAGAUCGCAUACGUGGAGAAGGAAGUAUGGACCGUCCUAAAGUACAGCACAUUCCUUCGAUCAACUAUUACUACCAGACAUUAUCAGGGUGGUAUCAUGAAAGUUUGGCCUGA